CGUUCUGUCCGGAAGUGUGUGUUCUUCGGCUGCCGGUGGUUUUAUUUUAUUUACGAACAUUUUACGCGUCCCACCGGCUUAAGUUAUCCCGGAAACUCCGCGUAUUAAUAACAGGGAAACACCCCCCUCCAUCACCGGGAACACGGCUGCAACUACGCCCAACAAAGUGACCGAAACUCGGCGGGCACUCCUCUCGGGACACCUGUCCGCUCCGGGGAGAGAGAGCGAACUCCAGCCGGUCUGCUGCCCGGCUCUGAGCCUCUGCAGGCGGGGAGAGAGGAGCCGCUGAGCCGCCGCUGUCUGUCGGAGCAGAGAACAUGUCCGUGAACGAGCUGUACACAAAGUACACCCGGGUCUGGAUCCCUGACCCCUCGGAGGUGUGGAAAGCUGCAGAGAUCAUCAGAGACUUCAAGGAGGGAGAACCGGAGCUGCUGCUGAGACUGGAGGAUGACACGACGCUGGCCUACCCGGUGGGUCCGAAGGGGAAGCCCCUCCCCUUCCUGCGUAACCCGGACAUCCUGGUGGGGGAGAACGACCUGACGGUGCUGAGCUACCUUCAUGAACCUGCAGUGCUGCACAACCUGAGGGUCCGCUUCCUAGAGCCCAACCACAUCUACACCUACUGCGGCAUAGUGCUGGUGGCCAUCAACCCGUAUGACCAGCUCCAUAUCUACGGAGAGGAAGUGAUCCGGGCCUACAGUGGCCAGAACAUGGGGGACAUGGACCCCCACAUCUUCGCUGUGGCUGAGGAGGCCUACAAGCAGAUGGGCAGAGAUGAGAGGAAUCAGUCCAUCAUCGUGAGUGGAGAGUCCGGAGCAGGAAAGACGGUUUCUGCGAAGUACGCCAUGCGCUUCUUCGCCACGGUGGGCGGCUCGGCUAACGACACGAACGUUGAGGAGAAGGUUCUCGCCUCCAGCCCCAUCAUGGAGGCUAUAGGAAAUGCCAAAACCACUAGAAACGACAACAGCAGUCGCUUUGGAAAGUACAUCCAGAUCGGCUUCAGCCGGCACUUCCACAUCAUCGGAGCCAACAUGAGGACGUACCUGCUGGAGAAGUCCCGGGUGGUGUUUCAGGCGGAGGACGAGAGGAACUAUCACAUCUUCUACCAGCUUUGUGCGUCCAGCAGCCUACCGGAGUUCAGGGAGCUGGGCCUCACCAGUGCAGAAGACUUCAACUUCACGUCUCUAGGCGAGAACAUCUUCAUCGAGGGCGUGAACGACGCUGAUGACUUCAAGAAGACCAGAGAGGCCUUAACUAUGCUAGGGAUAAAGGAAAGCAGUCAGAGCAGCAUCUUCAAAGUGGUGGCAUCCAUCCUUCACCUCGGGAACAUCGAGAUCUGCGCAGAGCGAGACGGAGAGUCGUGUCACGUGUCGAGGGACGACCUCCACCUGCAGCACUUCAGCCGGCUGCUGGGCGUGGAGCUGCAGCAGAUGGAGCACUGGCUCUGUCACAGGAAGCUGGUCACCUCAUCGGAGACGUACCUGAAGACGAUGUCCAAGAAGCAGGCGGAGAACGCCCGCAAUGCACUCGCCAAACACAUCUACGCCCGCAUGUUCGACUGGAUCGUGGAGCACAUCAACAAAGUCCUGCAGAGCUCGUCCAAACAGCACUCGUUCAUCGGAGUGCUCGACAUCUACGGCUUUGAGACGUUCGAGGUCAACAGUUUUGAGCAGUUCUGCAUCAACUACGCCAACGAGAAACUUCAGCAGCAGUUCAACUCUCAUGUGUUCAAGCUGGAGCAGGAGGAGUACAUGAAGGAGCUGAUUCCCUGGACCCUGAUAGACUUCUGCGAUAACCAGCCGUGCAUCGACCUGAUCGAGGCCCGGCUGGGGAUCCUGGACCUGCUGGACGAAGAGUGUAAAGUUCCCAAAGGCACGGACCAGAACUGGGCCCAGAAGCUGUACCAGAAACACUUGAGCAGCGCUCACUUCCAGAAGCCCCGCAUGUCCAACACCUCCUUCAUCAUCAACCACUUUGCCGACAAGGUGGAGUACGAGUGUGAAGGGUUCCUGGAGAAGAACCGAGACACCGUGUACGAGGAGCAGAUCAACAUCCUGAAGGCCAGCCAGUUUCAGCUGGUUGCAGAUCUGUUUAAUGAGAAAGAGGACGUCGUCCCGAAGUCGUCCAGAGUGAACGUCCGACCGGCGAAGCCGACGCCUCGACCCGCGAACAAAGAGCACCGCAAGACCGUGGGCCACCAGUUCCGCAGUUCUCUUCGCAUGCUCAUGGAGACUCUGAAUGCGACGACUCCUCAUUACGUUCGCUGCAUCAAACCGAACGAUUACAAGGAGGCGUUCUCGUUUGACUCAAAGCGAGCGGUGCAGCAGCUCAGAGCCUGUGGAGUCCUGGAGACGAUCAGGAUCAGUGCAGCGGGGUAUCCAUCCAGGUGGACGUACCCGGACUUCUUCAGCCGCUACCGGGUUCUGCUAAAGAAGUCAGACAUGACAUUAGCCGAUAAGAAGCUGGUGUGUAAAAACCUGCUGGAGACGCUCAUCAAGGAGCCCGACAUGUUCCAGUUCGGGAAGACGAAGAUCUUCUUCCGGGCCGGCCAGGUAGCGUACCUGGAGAAGCUCCGAGCCGACAGGUUCCGCUCCGCCUGCAUCCGGAUCCAGAAGACGGUGCGCGGCUGGCUGCAGAGAGUCCGCUUCCUGAAGAUCCGCAAGACCGCCGUCACGCUGCAGAGAUACGGGAGGGGCUUCAUGGCCCGCAGGCAUGCUGACUUCCUGCGGCAGACCCGCGCUGCGCUCAUCUGUCAGAAGCAGCUGCGCAUGGUGAGAGACAGACAGGCUUUUCUGAGGGUGAGACGGGCGGCCGCCACCAUCCAGGCCUUCACCCGCGGCAUGUUCACUCGCCGCAUCUUCAAGGAGUUCCUCCUGCACCACAAGGCGAUGAUCAUCCAGCGGUGCGUUCGAGGCUGGCUGCAGCGCAGGAAGUUCCAGCGCUCGCGGGCAGCGGCCAUCACGCUGCAGUGUGCCUUCAGGUGCGUGCGGGCGAAGCGGCGCGUGCAGCAGCUGAAGGCGGAGGCGCGCUCAGCGCAGCACCUGAAGAAGCUCAACAGCGGCAUGGAGAACAAGAUCGUGCAGCUGCAGAGGAAGAUGGACGACAAGUCCAAGGAGCAGCGCUUCCAGAACGAGCAGCUGCUGCAGGUGAACUCCUCUCUGGGCGGAGAGGUGAAGCUGCUGCAGAAGAAGCUGCAGGAGGUGAGCAGCCUGCAGCAGGGCGGGGGGGGGCAGCUGGCCUCGCUGCAUGACGAGCUGCAGAGACUCAGAGAGGAGCUGCAGGAGGCGCAUGCUCUCAGGGGGAAGCUGCAGGAGGAGCAUGCUAACGAGAAGCAGGGGCUAACACAGAGGGUGGAGGAGCUGCAGAAGGAGAACUCUCUGCUGAAAAGCGAGAAGGAGGAGAUGAACCAGAAGAUCUUGAAGCUGACACGGAGCUCUGCAGAGGAGGGCAGCAGAGCUUCGCUGCAGGAGGAGUUGGAUGAGGAGCGGCUGAGAUACCAGAACCUUCUGAAGGAGGUCUCCAGACUGGAGCAGAAAUACGAGAACCUGAAGGAGGAGCAGUCCUUCAGCAAGUUUGCCCCCGGGCACCGCAGAGACGCCUCGACUCUGAGCAGCCAGGAGUCGGACUCCAACUACACCUCCAUCUCCACGUCAGAGCUGGGAGACACCGAGGACACCCUGCAGCACGUGGAGGAUGUGGGUGUGGAGGCAGCAGCUCUGGACCUCUCGGUGUUCCUGAAGCUGCAGCGCCGGGUCAGAGACCUGGAGACAGAGAGAGGGAGGCUGCAGCAGCAGCUGGAGCGGGGGGGCGAGCACAGGAGCUCUGAGGCCCCGCCUCUCUCUGAGCAGGACGCUGCGGACCUCACAUACACCAGCCUCAAGCUGCAGGACGUCGAGGUGGAGAACCUGAAGCUCAGGAAGGAUCUCCUCUCGCUCCAGAAGGCGGUCUCUGAGAGGGCGGGGCUUAGCGAUCCCACCAAUGAGCUGCAGGAGAGCCACGCCCUGCUUAUGUCUCAGCUGCGCUCAGCCAAUGAGGAGCUGGAGGCUCGAAAGGAGGAGGUGCUUAUUCUGAGGACACAGAUCAUAAGCUCCGCCCACAAGGAGCAGAGCCCCGCCCACCAGAAGGAGCAGAGCCCCGCCCACCAAAUUGAGCAGAGCCCCGCCCACCAGAAGGAGCAGAGCCCCGCCCACCUGAAGGAGCAGAGCCCCGCCCACCAGAAGGAGCAGAGCCCCGCCCACCUGAAGGAGCAGAGCUCGGACGGUGCUAUAGUCAGUGAGCAGGGCACUCUGCCAGAAAAACAGGAAUCUGUGUGUGCCGGAGAGUGUGAGUCCAAGAGGCUGCUGGAGGUGCAGCUGCAGGCACAGACGCGUCGUCACGGCGACGAGCUGACGGCGCUGCACACGCAGAUCGAGCUGCUGAAGGCCGACAUCGAGAAGAAGCAGGAGCUGCUGAACUUCACCUCCUCGCUGUCCCCUGAAGACAGAGUGGAGUACAGCGUCCAGCAGGAGAUCACACGGCUCACCAACGACAACCUGGACCUAAAGGAGCUGCUGGAGAAACUGGAAAAGAACGAGAGGAAACUGAAGAAGCAGCUCAGGAUUUACAUGAAGAAAGUCCAGGAGCUGGAGGUGUCUCAGACUGAGAGGACACGUCCCCCCCUCAGCCGUCAGGUGACGGUCCAGAGGAAGGAGAAGGACUUUGAGGGGAUGCUGGAGCUCCAUCAGGACGACGAGGCGUUGCUGCAGAAGAAGCUCAUCGCAGAGAUCAGACCCGGCAGUGUGUCCUCGUCUGUCCCCUGUCUCCCAGCCUACAUCCUGUUCAUGUGUCUCCGUCACGCUGAUUAUAGUAAUGAUGAUCAGAAGGUGGAGUCUCUGCUGACCCAGUCCAUCAACUCCAUCAAGAGGGUCCUCAAGAAGAACUCUGCUGACUUUGAGAUGACGUGUUUCUGGCUGGCGAACACCAGCCGUCUGCUGCACUGCCUCAAGCAGUACAGUGGAGAACAGGCCUUCAUGACCCAGAACAGUGUGAAACAGAACGAGCACUGCCUGAAGAACUUCGACCUGACCGAGUACCGGCAAGUUCUGAGUGACAUGAGCAUCCAGGUCUACCAGCAGCUGAUCCGCGUGGCCGAGGCCUCCAUCCAGCCCAUGAUAGUGUCGGCCAUGCUGGAGAGCGAGAGCAUCCCCAGCCUGGCGGGGGUGAAGCCGAUGGGCUACAGGAACCGCUCGUCCAGCAUGGACCUGGACGGGGGGGGGGGCUUCACCCUACAGGCUCUCAUCCGGCAGCUCAGCCUCUUCAGCUGCGUUAUGAGUGAACACGGCCUGGACCCAGAGAUCAGAGGUCAGGUGGUCCGACAGCUGUUCCACUGCAUCAACGCUGUGACCCUCAACAACCUGCUGCUGAGGAAGGACGUGUGCAGCUGGAGCAACGGCAUGCAGCUCAGGUAUAACACCUCCCAGCUGGAGGAGUGGCUCCGUGCUAACUCUCUGUUCCAGAGCAAGGCGUCCGUGUGCCUGGAGCCGAUCAUCCAGGCGGCUCAGCUGCUGCAGGUGAAGAAGAAAACCACGCAGGACGCAGAGGCCAUCUGUUCGCUGUGCAGCGCGAUGAGCACGCAGCAGAUAGUGAAGAUCCUGAACCUGUACACUCCUCUGAACGAGUUCGAGGAGAGAGUCACCGUGUCCUUCAUCAGGAGCAUCCAGAACCGGCCCCAGCAGCGCCCCGACGCUGGUCAGCUGUUGGUCGAUACCAAGUUCUCGUUCCCGGUUCUGUUCCCGUAUUCCCCGUCAGCACUGAGCCUGGAGACGCUGCUCAUCCCGGCCUCGCUCGGACUCGACUUCCUCAGCAGAGUCUGAGCCGAUAAACAUAUUAAUAUCUUUAUUAAUAUUUAUCUACACAGCCACGGGCUUUAGCUUUAAUAUCAUGAUCGUCUCUUCUUUUAUAUUUCUGUGUCUUUCUAUCUUUCUGCUCAAUUCUGAACCCACUACACUCAUUAUUAACACUCUGAGGAACUACACUCAUUAUUAACACUCUGAUGAACUACACUCAUUAUUAACACUCUGAGGAACUACACUCAUUAACACUAGUUAUGAAGCUGGUUAGAGUUUUAUUUCUUCCCUGAUGAUUAUUAAUAAUGUAUUUUCUAAAGAUCUCCUCACAGAUUUACAGUGAAGUUUAAAUUCUAAAUGUUUUCUGAAUGAAGCUCUGAGAUUUAUUGUGAAAUGAUUGAUGAUUCCUGUCCUCCGUCUCUUCAGACGUUAAUAAAAUAUGUUUUCUGCAAAAAC